CGGCAGCCUUGGUGCAGGGAUCUCACCAAAAGCAAGCCGUGUAGCCAGCCAACCCCUCCCCGACUGGUCCGAUCUGCGGUCGCUUUUGUUGGUUUUUUUUUCUUCCCUUCCCUUGUGCAAUGAUCAAGCAGAAAAAAAAUUGCUGAGAUGGGGCUUUUUUGAUCUCCACCUGGAUACCACCUGAACCAACCUUGGAAGAGCUCCUCCUCUUACUGGCACCGGCCUGGGCUCCGUUCUGAGCUCAAAGUGUUCGAGGCAGAAAAGAAAGAACCUUCAUACUGUCAGCCUAUCCACCCACUUUGUUUAGUUUGGAACGCUGCUUGUAACGGGAGCCGUCUCAACCUUCCUAGUAUCCGUUCACUCGGAACAUUCCGCUCGAUACGCAAACGGAAAGACGGAAAUAGCCCCAAGACGAACGACGUGCCCAGGCGGAUAUUCCAUCGAAUCGGGCCCCCACGGCUUAGGAGCUGCAGCAGCUAGGCCCCGAGCUAUCCAGCGCUUCGGGUCGGUUGUCAACGGCAGCAGUCAGUCAUGGACAGCGGAGGGCCAAGCAGCGGCGCAACGCCCAUCGACGAGGACGCGGACCUCUACGAGCUCCUGGGCGUCGACAAGUCGGCGAGCCAAGAUGCCAUCAAGAAGGCAUACCGCAAGGCCGCACUGCAACACCAUCCAGACAAGGUCCCCGAGGAGCGGAGGGCCGAGUCCGAGGUGAAGUUCAAGGCGGUGACGCAAGCCUACGAGAUCCUGCGCGAUGAGCAGAAGCGCGAGCUGUACGACGCCCACGGCAUGGCCGCCUUCGACCCGUCGCGCGGCCCCGGCGGCAUGGGCAGCGGCGAGGGCGUCGACAUCAACGACAUCCUGGCGCAAAUGUUCGGCAUGGGCAUGGGAGGCCCCGGCGGCCCCGGCGGCCCCGGCGGCGGCAUGCCCAGGCGGCCCCGCCGCGGCGCCGACCAGGAGAUGCCGUACGACGUCUCCCUCGAGGAGCUGUACAAGGGCAAGACGGUCAAGUUCUCGUCCAACAAGCGCGUCCUCUGCAGCGUCUGCAAGGGCACCGGCGCCAAGGACAAGGUCAAGCCCCAGGAGUGCGACCGCUGCGCCGGCGGCGGCCGCCAGGAGCGGCUCCGCCAGGUCGGGCCCGGCAUGAUGCGCAGCGAGCUCGUGGCGUGCGACCACUGCCAGGGCAGCGGCACCUACGUUAAGGAGAAGGACCGGUGCAAGAAGUGCAAGGGCAAGUGCACCGUCGCCACCACAAAGGCCCUCGAGGUCUACAUCCCGCGCGGCUCCAUGCACGGCGAGCGCAUCGUGCUCGAGGGCGAGGGCGACCAGCUCCCCGAGCAGACCCCCGGCGACAUCAUACUGGUGCUACAGGAGAAGCCGAACGACACCUUCACGCGCAUCGGCACCGACCUGUCGGCCGACCUGAUCGUGACCGUGGCCGAGGCCCUCUGCGGCUUCAGCCGCGUCGUGCUCAAGCACCUGGACGGCAGGGGGAUUCACAUCGACCACCCGCGCGGCAAGAUCCUGCGCCCGUCCGAGGUCAUCAAGGUCCCGGGAGAGGGCAUGCCGCCCAAGCGGGGCGAGACCAAGGGCGACCUGUACCUGAUCGUUAAGAUCGAGUUCCCCGCCGACGGCUGGCUGGACGGCGACGAUAAGUCAUAUGACGCCCUCAAGGCGCUGCUGCCUCCCCCGGCCGAGCCCAUCGCGGCUGAGGAGACCGAUGAGGUCGAGUACGAGAAGGAUGCCGAUAUUGAAGAGAUGGGUGCGAGCUCGGGCGACCCGCGUUACGGUCAAGAGUGGGAGGACGUCGACGAGGACGAGGGAGCCCCUCAGUGUGCCCAGCAGUAAAAUCGUGACAGGAGUUUCUGGCGGACAGUCCGGGGCAGCUUCCUUUGUUCUAGGUUCCCAGCUUUCUAGAAUAGACUUGGCUCGACGGGGCGGGACAGGCUGUUGAUUUUGGGGUCUUGUAGUAUCACACAUCAAGGCGCCGUUCUUCCUUCGAAUUGGCCGCCAGUGGCAGACGGCAGAUAGCCGCAAGAUGUAGAACAAGACGUGGGUUCGUGCGAGAGCGUGUUCAUUUCUCCGCUUCUUCCUCCCUGGCUCCUCCCUCGGUGCCAAUAGAACGUGACCGCACCA